UGACCCUGCGUUACAUCAGUAAACGGCAGUGUUUGGUGAUUUUCACCUAAAACAAACUCCCACCAUGAGUAAUACUCCAGAAAGUAGUGAAAUAUAAAAGGAAAAUAAUAAAAAAAAAUCUGUGGUACAGUCAAGAAUGCUAGCUAGACUGUGUGUCAGUAACUGUAUUAGAAUGUCAAUGCAAAUGAGAUGAAAAUAAUCUUAGACAUUACUCGAUAAUGAAAGAAACAUGAGGAAAAUGGAGAAUUAAAUAUUUUGGAAAUUUUGAUAAAAGUGAAGGUGGUGCAAUUGGUGGGAUAACGAGGAGGUAUGCUUGAGAAUAUACCAUCCUGUCGUGGAAUGAAUGAAGAAGAGUUGUUGAAACGAUCCGCUGCUGAGCGGGACAGAAUUUUCAGUAAUUACGAUCGUGGGAGAGAGCCUGGUGCACAGAUUGAUUCAUGGGAGGAUCCUGGAUAUGAGGUUUAUCAUACAACUGACAGAUAUGGAUUCAUUCAUGAUAAACGGUUACCACGUAAGCAUGAAUCGAACGAAAUUAAAAUGCACCAUAUCGAGAUGGAGAGAGUCAAGAAAUGGGAGAAAAUGACAAAACACUGGGACAGCCCAGCGACUAAGGAGAAAUUGAGGAGGAGAAUUUACAAGGGUAUACCUGACAGGUUCAGGGGUCAAGUUUGGGCUCUACUACUUGGCAUUCAAACGUUGAAACAAGAACACCCUGGAAAAUAUGAAGAGAUGCUUAGUCUUGCUAGACAGUGGUCCACUGAGAUACGACAGAUCGAUGCUGAUGUUGCCAGACAAUACAGAGAUCAUAUUGAUUAUAGGGAAAGAUAUAGCAUCAAGCAGAGGUCAAUGUUCUACGUAUUGGCAGCCUACAGUAUGUACAAUAUGGAAGUAGGUUAUUGUCAAGGAAUGUCUGUAUUAGCAGGCCUGCUAUUGCUCUAUAUGGACGAGGAGGAUGCGUUCUGGGGACUCUCUGUGCUCCUUGCAGAUAAGAAGUACUGCAUGCAUGGAUUUUACAUCGAUGGAUUUCCAAAGCUAAAUCGUUUCAUCGAACAUCACGACAAAAUAAUGACGAAAUUCCUUCCCAAAUUAAAGCGAAAACUGGACAAGUAUGGCUGUGACUCCAUCCUGUAUGCACUCAAGUGGUUUUUCGUUGUUUUCCAAGAGAGAACACCAGUCAGUCUUGGACUGAGAAUUUGGGAUGUUUUCCUGCUGGAUGGGGAUCGUAUUUUAUCCGCAAUGGCGUACACAAUAAUGAAAUUGCACAAACGCUAUUUGCUACCGUUGGAGGGACUGGAUGAAUUUUGCAAUUACCUUCAGAUUAAAUUGGAGAAGGAUUUUCGGUAUGAUGAUGAUACUGUGAUCAGUGCUAUGGAAAGAAAUCAGGAAGAACUCAAACGUGCUAAACUGGAUUAUCCUGGCGGGCCAUUGGCUCAAGAAUUACCACGAUUUCCCUUCGGAACAUUCAAAGAACCGUCUUUCACUAGCAAGGUCGGCCGAAGAGCGGAAGAAUUUUCCGAGGCUCAAUUGGUACUUCGAGAAUCAGUGACACAGCGAAGAGAGCUAGCAGUGACUGAGGAGACGCGCAACAGUCCAAUCCCCAGUGGUAGUGACUUGGGGGGCAGUAAAUUCUCUUUCGAUCCAAGUAUCGACGAUGGUACUUCCCCCCACGGCUCACGCCGCUCUCUAGCCGACACUUCUGUCACUUCAACGGCAGAUUUAUCAGUUUUCAGUUCAGCGACACGAUCGCAAGCACUCGACAAUAGUUUGGAUACUCAGAGCAAUAUGUCUGUUGGUUCAUCGGGCAGUGGAGGGCUUCCAACCCCUCGUGCUACACCUCACCAACCCUCACCAGACGUGGUCAGAAUUUACGUACCUUAUUCACCGCUUUCGCCAAAUUCAUUCAAAGAGGAUCUUCAGAGAACCCUUCCACGUUCACUCGAAACUAACAAAAUCAGGAUUAAAAUUGAUCCCGAUGAAACUCCAAUUGUAGAUCUCAAGCCGUUCUCUCUCGAUAGUCCAGAUGUUGAACUCGAUCUGAAAUAAUUAUUAAACUUUUGGUUCAUUGAGUUGGGAGGCUGCGAUCCUCCGACACCGACGGAGAAUAAAACUCUAUUCUGCAAGCAAGUGGUAGAGAAUAGUGUUCUAAUGUUAAAAGUCAUAAUUUUGGGAAUAUUUCUCAAACUAGGAGAUUUAGAAUAAAAUGUCAAGAGAUUUGUUUUGUAUAGAGAAUGAUUUCCUGUGAAAUUUUUCUCUUGUCAAAGACUGAAAGAACUAUUCCUGAUUCUUAUCUUUUUUUUCCAUUUCAGAAUUACCUCAUUAGUGAAACAAUACACUGAAAAAUUGAAAAGAUAAAUUUCCUUUGUUUUAUGAACUGUCUCUUGACGUUUCACCUACAAUCACUAGUUUCCCAAGAGGGGAAUGAGAUAACUCCUAAUUGAUAUUUUCAGUGAACAGAGAGGAAAAUUGCUCGUUUAGAACCAAUUUCGACUACUUUGAAAGCGUCAAUUUUUCCACCUUUACUUUAUCAGUUGAAAAACUAUCAAACUUAUAUGGUGUACCUUUAUUUAAUUAUGUGGUUCUCACGAGAGUCACUGAAUUUUUUUUUUAUAUACUAUUGAUUCGUCAAACACCACGAAAUCCAACUAGACACGUUUCUUUUUUUGCGUAAUGCAUCGACCGAUAAGGGCCCUGAAGAGAUCGACCGAGAAUCAUUAUUUUUAGAGCUCCAUUAAUUAGUAUUAAUUUAAUUAAUUAAAUAAGCAUAAAUUAUGAAGGUUCUGAUUGCCCGGAUUCUUUCACAUUUGACUAUUUGAUUGUUGAACUGUGGCAAGAAAAUGGGAAUCAUUGAUAUUAUUUUUUAAUUGUGUAUUAUGAGACAGAAGAUUGUAAAAUAAUAAUCAUGCCUAUGGAAAUUGUUCAAUAAUUGUAAAGAUUAGAUCUUGAAGUAAUUUUUCGUGAAUUGCAAUUGUUCACAAACAGUAGUGUAUAGGAUGUGUUUAAAUGGCAGUAUCUCGAUGAAAAUAAAGAUGAAGUAAUUUAAAGAAAACGGGAAAAAUAAAUUUAAAAAACUCAAUUGAAGAGUGAUGUGGUAAUCUCUAGAGAUAGAGUGCGAUAUAAAUGUCGAUAAAAAUAAUGUAAUAAAGCUAUAAGAUAAUUAUUCGUGAAAAUUAUAGAAUUUAAGAGCUCGAGAUGAAAUGAUUCUUUUUUUCACAUGACAAUUACGAUAAUAAUUUCGCGUAAAAUUCUCUUAGUUGAUUUUAUUUUUUUAAGUGAAUUUUUCUUGUAAUACUACGCGGCAAUGUAUUUUUUGAGUGAUGAGAUUAAAAAAAGUAUUAAAACUUGAAA